CUAUUUCUUAGUGGCGAUUGAAUGUGAUUGGCUCUUACUUUUAGAGCCAACAAAUCAAUGUCCAGUAUUGACAAGAUGAUAAUUCAGCAAUUGUUCUGCUGAAUGCCAUUAUUGGUCCGUCAUUACGCUUCAUGGGGAUGUAGGGAUUUAGGGAUGUUGAAAUCCGCAUGCCGUAAAGGAAACUGCGGAACGCUUGCAAUUGGUCAUGCUCUCGUUUCGUGUUAUGCUAUUCCGUUGCAUGCAUUUGUACUCAGAACCAGAGCGUACUGUAUCUCGUUGGUAGUUAUAAGAUGAUCGAAAGAAGAUUUAAUCAUUUGUAAAUAUUUUUGUAAAUAAUCUACAUACAUGACACAUAUACUCCUUUGGCGCACGGCGCGAAGUCUAAUCAACGAAAUGUCACUCGUUUUUAUACGUCAAUCGUGAAAUCUCGCUAUAUAUUGAGGUGAUCUUAUUUGGAUGAUAAUUAGCGUUGUCUGAUAUUUGGAUUCUUCUCGAGCUUGAAUCUGGAAAAACAAUUUUUUAAUCAUUACACAUCCUGACUGUAUUUAUUAAUUUGCAAGCACGUAAUUCACAGGUGUAUGGACUACUCAAGGUUAAGAAAACAUAAUGCCACCGCCAUUAGUAGCUACACCUCGGAAAUUACCAAUUUUUGUGUUUCCACAAAACAUUACAUUUUAUUUAGACGAUCAAUCUACCCACAAACAAGUGUUAACUUUGUACAAUCCAUAUGAUUUUCCUGUAAAAUUCAAAGUUUUAUGUACUGCACCAAACAAAUAUCAAGUGGUAGAUCCAGAAGGCAUAAUAAAAGCCAGUUCCUGUGUUGAUAUUGUUGUUAGACAUACAGCAUUGUUGGCAAAUAAUUGUAAUGUAAUUGAUAAAUUCAGAAUACAUAUGCAAGAAUAUCCUACUAAACAGGUGAUUGGUAAACGAGAUGUUGAAGCUAAACUUCUUUCUGGAACGUCAGAUACAGCUGGAAGGUCUACACCAGAUCCAGAUAUGUUUCAACAGCUUCCAAUAAAUGAAAGCAGGCAACAGCAAUCUUAUGCACUUAUAACCCGAAAUAAGACAGUGGACAGAGGUACAAAUUACGUAGCACUCAUCACAGGAAUUAUAUGCAUAAUUGGAUUGCUUCUACCUACUGAAGGAGAAAAAAGUCAAAGGGUGCCUGAUUAUCUUCAUCUUUCUGUGAACUUUAAAUUGAUAUUCUCAUUUGUAUUAGGUAUGGUUGCAAAUAUUGUUUUAGGGCUAUAAAAUUCUCAGCUUUUUAUAUAAAAAUCUUUGUAUACAGGAUAAAAUCAUAGGAUAAAAACACAAUGAAUACAAGACUUUUUUAUAUUGGGCCUCCUUCCUUAUGGAAUACACCCAAUUCUAGUCUAUAAACUUCAACAUUAUUGACCAAGAUAUCGCGAUAUUUCUUUAUCAUAAUUAUUAUAAUUUUAUAAAAAUAUAUAUAAAUAUAUCGUAAUAUUAAUAAUUAUUCCUAUUAUAUAAUUUUAUUUUAAAAAGAAUCAUCUGAAAAUGCUCUUGCUCUAGGCGAUGAUAUAGAUGCGUAUUGUGGUUCGUAAUUUUGAGGCCUACUUGAAAAACCAAUAUUGUUUGAAUUUAUUUGUUUAUGUAUAUGAAUAUACCGAUGAUAAAUUUUAUAUUUCUUAUAUGAUAUAAUACAUAUGAUUUUUCGCUAACUUAUUUGAAAAUCUUUAUAUUGUAUGUAUAAAGAAUCAUUAUAUAUAUAUUUCCAUUGAUAAUAAUUAUAUUAUAUUUUACACGUGAUAUGAUCUCAUGUACAGCUAGAUAAGGAUCUUCCUUUGUAUAUAAAGUUGGAAUUAAGUUUUAAUUAUUAAAAACAUUUCUAAC